GGAAACAUAACAACAAAAAAGGGUCUGCAACUCUCUAUUUAUUUUCUUACGAUUAUUGGCAUCUGAAAAUCUUUCUGACAUCAGAAACAAUCCCCUCAUCAUUGUCAUACAGAUUUGUGCUAUUCCUUAUUUCUAUAUGUGUCUUAUUGCCUUUCUCCCUACUAUUGCCAGACGACGCAUUCUCACCAUUAGUUUUGAUGGGGAUGCAUCUUUAUGUUUCCUAAUUUCUUUUCCUCUUUUUGAUAUUUUCAUAAGGUUUAUUUGUACCAGCACCACCACUGACGACGAACAAACCGCCGCCACAACCCAAAAGCAACUCCUCAAACGCCGCAAGGUCGCAAUCUUCUUCGCCUACUACGGCGUCGGAUAUCAAGGAAUGCAAAAGAAUCCCAGCGCCAAAACCAUCCAAGGCGACCUCGAAGAAGCCAUCUACCUCUCUGGUGCCGUUCCGGAGCAAGACCGUUUGAGUGUGGAGGUAUGGGUUGUUGUUUUUUGACUCAACCUUGUAUGGAGCAAAGUAGUUGUUUGCUGUCUUUAAAUGGACAGAGAUGUAAUAACCAUAUGUA